AUGGCCCGGCGGUAUGACAGCCGGACAACGACCUUCUCGCCAGAAGGGCGCCUUUACCAAGUGGAGUAUGCCAUGGAGGCCAUCAACUUAGCUGGUUCCACAGUGGGAGUGCUCGCAGAGGAUGGUGUGAUCCUGGCAGGGGAGAAGAAGACCACCUCGAAGCUUUUGGAUCAGGCCAAGCAACAUGAGAAGCUCUUCCAGCUCGAUGACGCCAUGUUCUGCGCUGUCGCGGGGAUCACUUCGGACGCUAACAUCCUCAUCAACCGGCUGCGGCUGACAGCCCAGCAGCAUACCUACAGCUUUUCAGAGCCCAUGCCAGUGGAGCAACUGGUGACAUCCAUCUGUGAUUACAAGCAGGGCUACACUCAGUUUGGCGGGCUUCGCCCCUUUGGCGUGUCCUUCCUGGUGGCUGGCUAUGAUGCACACCACGGCUUUCAGCUCUACCACACGGACCCAUCGGGAAAUUUCAGUGGUUGGAAGGGCUACGCCAUUGGGGUGAACAACAACACAGCUAUGCAAAUCAUGCGGCAAGAUUGGAAGCCUGGGAUGAAGCUCCAGGAGGCGCUGGACCUGACGGCCAAGGUCUUGGUGAAGACCAUGGACACGGCCUCCCCAACGGCCGAAAGACUUGAGUUCGGCAUUGUGUACAAGACGCCUGAGGGCCAGGUGAAGUUCCGAAUGCUCAAAGACACCGAGAUCAACAAGCUCAUGGCGGACGCCACGCCGAAGGAAGGAGAAGAAGCAGCCGGAGCUGCUACAUCCACCUCAUAG